AGCGAGCGGGUCAACUAAACAUUGGAUAGAUAUGAUUCGACGGCAGCAAGUGAUAUGUAGCAACAUUGAUCGUGAGCUUGACGUCGGGCAGAGGGAGUUACAUAAAACUCAGAAAAGGGCAGCUGAAGUCGAGCAGCAUAUUGAGAGAUAUGCAGUGGAACUUUCAGAGGAGCACGCGAAGUACUUUGCUGCUCUUGAUGAAGUAAAAGCGAGAGAAGCGAGGGUUUCUGAGAUAGAGAAGAUGGUAGAAAAAGAAGAGGAGAAACUUCAACAACAGCAAGCACUUUACGAUUCAGUUCGAGCAGAUAGGAAUUUGUAUUCUAAGAGCUUGAUCGAUUGCAACGCGGAGAUCGAGGAGAUGAAGAGAAAGUUUAAAAUAGCAUUUCACAGGAUUGAGCAAGUGAAAAGUGAAGUGAGGAAAAAAGAGGCGAAAAUUGUGAAUGUGGAUCUCGAGAGAACGAGAAUUGCCCGAGGAAAUAAUAGAAUUAGAGAAAGCCUCGACAGUGGCUUGGAAAGAAUACAAGGACUUAAAUGCAUUGUUGAUGUACAAAAAGGAGAAUCUGAGAAACUCAAAGUGGUUAUGGAAGAGGCAGAAGGAGAGGUGGCCAAUUACGAGAAGGCGCUCGAAUCGGUGGUGUCAGAGCGUGAACUGCUCGAAAAGCAACUGUCGAACCGUGAGGCCGAGGUGAAGAAGAUGUAUGAGAAAAUACGUCUGCUGGAAUCCGACUUGCGUCAAGGUAGGUUGGUGGAAAAUUAUUGCCAACAU